CGAUAACUGCCCACUCCAUGUCGGCGUCCCUCAAGACUGCUCUUCACGGUCUUCGCGUCCCACUAUCUUUCUCUCCCAUUGCUCUUCUAGCCCGCUCGUUACCUCUUGCUACGUCACCCGCAGCUUCGUUAGUUCGACCUCCAGCUGCAAUUCCAUCUCGAUCUCUCGCCUCCUCAUCUCGCAUCAUGGCCGUCCAGCAGGCGACGAUGAAUGGGCCAGGCAAGCUCGCCGAUCUGCCGAACACGGCGCAGCUAACCCCCACGGUCACCCGCGUCCUUGGCCAGAACCCCUCCCUCAUGACUUUGCAAGGAACUAACACGUACCUCCUAGGCGGAGCGGACGGUCAGCUCCUGAUCGACACGACGUCAGAAGAGACUGCAGGGCCAUGGGUUGACCUUGUGCUCUCCGCCCUCUCUGGGCCGCUGCAACACAUCGUCUUAACCCACCGGCACCCGGACCACGUCGGUGGCCUCGUCCCACUCCUGGACGCGCUGAAGGCGAAGGGUGCGCCCGCGCCGACAGUGUGGAAGAUGCCGAAUCCUGACGAGCAUGAAAUCAUCGCCGACCGGCCGGAAUGGAGCGAUGAGCACCUUCUCAAGACGCUCGGUGGCGCACAUCUCAAGGCUGCAGCUGGUCCAAUUGCUCCUCUCGCAUCGCUUAAGGACGGCGACACCGUCUCGGUCCCCGGAGUCACGGUGACCGUGGUGCACACGCCUGGUCACACGGCCGACUCGAUCUCGCUUCUCACCGACGCCGGCGAGGUGUUCACAGGCGAUACGGUUUUGGGACAGGGCACGACGAUCUUCACCGACUUUGCCGCGUACAUGGGCUCCCUUAAGCGUCUGUUGUCCCUUGAGCCCAAGGUCAUCUACCCCGCUCAUGGACCGCACACGCCCGACGGCGCAACGGCCCGGAAGCACCUCGAGGCGUACAUCAAGCACCGGCAGGAGCGGGAGGACAAGAUCGUGGAAGCGCUCCGCGCGAUCUCCUCUACCCCAGGAAGCCUGGGUACCAAGCUCGAUGCGAUCCGGGAACACGCGAGGGAGUCGCCUGACGCGGCCGUUGGGCCUGGAGGUGCGGGAGGUGCUGGCGCAGAGAUGGCCAAGCGCGCCGUGGAAGCAGCGCGCAACUCGUCCCCAAUCGCAUCUAGCUUCCCGAUGGGAGACGCAGCAGGGAGCCGCGGCGCCACUCUCGCUUUGCUCUGCCGCCUCGUGUAUGCCACGGGUCACGAAGGGCUCAUCCGUGCCGCCUCCUUCCCCAUGGGCGGACACCUGCAGAAGCUCGAGACUGAGGGGCGUGUCAAGCGCUCGCGCGCUGUCAUGCCUACCGUUGUCGACUGGAAGGUGACAGAGAACAGCGAGCAGGACGUGUACGAGUGGGUUGGGUAGUCGAUAUUUAGAUGCAGAUGAAUAAUGGCAAAUCCUAUGUGUACAAUGCAUCUGACUACAACUUAGCGACGCGCCCCAAU